AUGAACCACUUUCCCGGAACUUGGGGUCGGCCCAGAGAUGAUGUCUAUGGACCAUAUGACUCUUCCUACUUGCGGACUACAGGACCAAAGGCACACACUCAGUCGCCAGCUGUGACUGGAACAUCGGUGAUCGCUGUAAAGUUUAACGGAGGAGUUGCGAUUGCUGCUGAUAACUUGGCAUCGUACGGAUCCCUCGCACGUUUCACGGACGUCAAGCGUCUUAGAGUAUUCGGUGAUGCCGCUGUCGUCGGAUUCAGCGGCGACGUGUCAGACAUGCAGUACAUCGAUCGUCUUCUUGAGUCUAUGGAUAUCCGAGAAAACUAUUCAGCACAUGGCAACCAGCUCAACGCCAAGAAUCUCCACACCUAUCUCUCCAAAGUCCUCUAUAAGCGCCGAUCCGAGUUCAACCCGCUCUGGAACCACAUCUUGGUCGCUGGAUUCGAUGGAGAGAAGAAGCCCUUCUUGAGCUCCGCCGACUUGCUGGGAACUACCUUCUCUGCCCCUCACCUCGCGACUGGCUUUGGUGCUCAUCUGGCCAUCCCAAUUCUCCGUCGACUGUUCCCGGAAGAGCGUCCCAUUGCAGAGAUCACCAAAGAGGAGGCUGUAUCUGCUCUUAAAGACUGCCUCAAGGUUCUCUGGUAUCGCGAUGCACGAAGUCUCGACAAAUACUCGCUGGCUGUGAUUACGCAGGAAGGGAUUGAGGUAUUGGAAGACCAGCAGAUCGAAUCCCAGAGCUGGGCAUUUGCCGAGACCAUCAGAGGAUACGGUGCCCAGACUGUCUAG